AUGUCGGGGCACCAGGCCAUUCUUGGAGGUGACUGGAAUAUGUCUCCUGAAGUCCUUCUGAAGUCGGGUUUCCCUGAGAAGUUGGAGGGGUCUUUGAUCAAGCCUGCUGGCUCUGGGACCUGCAGAUCGUUGGGAGGUCUGAACUUCCUGGAUUAUUUUGUGUGCACUGGGGGCAUUGCGAAGGGUAUUCAGUCGACGAGCAUAGUGCAGGUGGCGCAGCUGACACCGCACAAGCCCGUCCAUCUGCAGCUUUUUCCUCGGCUUGCUCAGCUGUGCGCGCUCACGUUCCGUAAGCCACCGCCCAUUCCCAGAGAGAGGCCGAUUGGGGUUGGCCGCUCACCGCCAGACUGGGGUGUGGUGCAGGACGCUGCUGAGGGGUGUUUAGGUACGGCGCUCUCGGGCCAGAUCUCGGAGGCUCAGGAGAUGCUUGAUUGGGUCUACGGGCGUUGGGCGGAUUUGGCCGAGAGGGAGCUUUGCGACUUGGCCCAGAUCACGCUGCCCUACUAUGGUGCCCGCAGUAAGUCACCGCAGCUGCAUUGGGUUCCUAUCAUCAAGGACAAGGCCCCUCCUUUCAGGCACCCCAAGCUGUUCGCGGGCAAGUGGGUUUCUCAUAGGUUCCAGGAUCUGAUCAUCGAGUAUAGGGACGGAGCUCUGGAGGCCUCGAAGACCAGGGAGUCCCUGUUGAAGCCCCCGUCCUUCGUGCUUAUCGUCGGUUGUGUUGACUGGGACCAGUAUCUCAGCACGAUUCAGUCCUUAGUUCGUGCCGUCCCCGACGGGAAGAUCACCAGCGGGGAGCGCCAGCAGUGGGGCAAGUCCGAGUGGCUGGAGGCUGCUCAAGAUGCUCUGGUUUUAGUGCAGCAGUAUGUGACCAAGCUUCAAGGGGAAGCUCGACACGACGGCGAGAUGGGGUGGAAAAACUGGCUGCUCACAAAAAUCAAAGAGGGGGGAAAGAAUGCCCACUUGGCCUCCAAGGAGGCCCCUGGUUGGAAAGCCACCACGACCUUAUCGGCUGGGGGUUUAGUGCUUUCGGACCCUUUGAGUUUGCUCAAGAGUGAGGCCUCUGGCUGGGCCGAGCUGUGGCACGCGGGCUCUGAGGCGACCGACAGUUUGUUUGAAGGGGUGUGUCAGCCCCUCCCCAUGGUUUCGAUCGACCAGAUUAGGUCGACUGCCGCUGCUUUCAAGGCCACCACGGCACAGGCGGUGGAUGGGUUUCACAUGAGGCACUACUCGUGGCUGUCGGACUCGGCGCUGGCGGUGGUGAGCCUCUUGUUUGCGAUCUUCGAAUCGCUCUCCAGCCUGCCGCGCCAGCUCCAGAUUAUUCAGGACGUGUCUUGGGGUAUUAAAGAAGGUUCUCGGCAGUUGGAGCAGGCUCUGGUCCACGAGUGCGGCUGCUCCAUUUCUUUGUCCAAGGCGGGCCAAGGCAACCUAGUUUGCUCGGACGGGGCCGUCGCCAGGGAGCUGCAGAUGUUCCUUGGCGACCGCACGGGCCCGUUGGCCGACAGCAUUGUGGACUUAGGGAUAGAUUUCACUGCUGGCAGGUCUCGCAGGAAGGCCUACAUCCGAAGGGCCCUCCGCGAGUCCAAGUUCAAGAUCCGCAUGGCCAACUUGAAGGCCAAGACUCGGAAGGUGAGGAUUAUGAAAAAACAGAUCACGUCCCACGCCAAGAAAAUCUGGGUCUCGGGUCCGCUCCCUGGGGUGCUGUAUGGUUCGGAAGUCCACGGGAUCUCGGACGGGGAGCUCCACCGAAUUCGGCAGCAGGCGGGCUCCGUUAUGGGGCCAAGCUGUAAAGGUAGAUCGCUCACAAGCCUUCUCAUCUUAGAAGACGAGCCUACGUGGCUCGCGGCGGUGGCGCCCCUUGUCAGGUACUCUAAGGAGCUGUGGUGUGCCCACUCAGGUGCAUACCGCUGGUGUUUCAGUUUCACGGAGCUCCGCGAGGCGUGGAGAAUUUUCUGCGCCAAGCCCCCGCCAGCGACGUGGAGGGAUGUCACGGGGCCUUUCUCCGCGAUGUACAUGUGCCUUAAGAGGAUCCAGUGGAAGAUGACUGAUUGGGUCUCCUUGGAAAACGAUUUCGGGGAGAAGUUAGUUUUGACGGAGGUUA